UCGCAGUUUACGUGUAGACAUAAUGAAGUGGUCGACAUGACCCUGACAACCACGAGAGAGUAUUUAUAGAGUUGAAUCUUCCAUCCUCGCUUAUUCCUUUGGCUUUCUUUGUACCUCGAAGUUUCCAUCACAAACAGCGAGCAUCGGACUACUGAGCUGUAGCUUUUCUGAGGAAUCCUCGUGUUCCUGAAGAACAAGCAGACGUUACCAUGGGCGACCCGGUGUUGAUGAAAUAAAAAUAAAAUGGAUCUCAGAUCGGUUUGCAGCGCUCGCCCAUCACGUGCAGUAAAUGACUCAUUGGCUGAAGGCUCGGUACAAAUGGUAUUUAAGAAAGUGAGUCCCGACGAUCACCUGUGUGAGACUGUGGCGCCUCCUACGACAUAUGGUGGUUAACAUGUUGACAACAAUGAUUUUACCCUUCAUACUUCUUUCUCUGGCCUCUUGUCUUGAAGCCUUCAACAAAGGAAGUGUUCCCAAACCACAAGUCAUGCUACAGUUACAAGGCAUGGACUACGCGCUGUUUGGCUACAACAGUCUCAAGGGAUGCCCUCUGACCUCAGGACGUGACCGGGGCUUUACUCUCCCCAUCUUUUCUGGUGAGUUUCACGUGACCCCAGACUUUCGCUAUAGCGGUCCACGUGGCGUGGUUCUGUCCCACGAUGUGUCAUGUGACACGUCGUUUACGUCGAAGGUGGUGGAGACGCCGUACGACCUGACCACGCUGCUGACUGGCACCGCGCGACUCGGUGCUGAUAAGUGGGGGCCUCCCUUCUCGGCCAGCCAACACUUUCACAAACUGUCCGAGGAACUGAGAAAACACGUCUUAGUCGUUACGACCGCUGUCUGCAGUUUGUACGACCUGACACUUCUGCUCUCGGAACCGCCAUCUUUUCAUCCGUCGUUCUUAGACUGGAUCGAUCAAAUCAACAACACUGACAACGACGACAAGUACCUUGAGUUCCUUGACACUUACGGCACACACUUCGUGUCAAGGGCCCGCUUUGGGGCUUCCAUAACAGUCAUCUACAAGAUGGACGAUAACGUUUAUCGGCUUCUAACAGAGGAUCACGUGACAUCAGCUGCCAGCUACUCUACUUCUGCCCUUUUUGGAAAACCCCACACCUUGAACUCUGAUCAGCAAAAAGCAAUAGCAGAGUUUCGAAACCACAAGAUAACAACGUUUGCUGUCGGUGUUCCUCUACCUCAUGGCGGUAACAGCGCCACGUGGUUGACAGCAGCGAAAGAUAACCCCUCUGUCAUCGACUAUGACUUGACCUCUGUGGAGGUUCUCUUUUCAGACACCUUCAUGGGUGCCGCAAGUCCUACAGGCGGUUAUGGCAUUGACCACGACAGGAUCAAGAAGAACAUCAUGGCUGUCAAGACCAAAUACUGUCGGAGUUUAAAGAGGAAAGACCUGUUAGUUGACUGUAGAGAUACCGGUAGGACACUGCUUUUUACAAAGUUGAUUGGUAACACGAAAUAUGGAGCUGCCGAGUCCGCUGACCAGUGUCUUGAGGAAUGUUAUCAACUUGCAGGCUGCGUGGCUGUGAGUUUUUGUCCUUUGUGUACGAGGGACAACAGAGGCAGCAAGUGUCAAGUGUUUAGUGCUGGCGACAUCCACAGGGCAGUCAACGACCGUCAGUGGCAGACGAUCAUGUUAGUUGACAAACUGGAGACAUUUGUAAAGCUGCACAACACCAUGGUUGUUGUCAACUCUCGUUUUCUGUCUGACAUCCAUCCUGUCACCUCCGUACAGGACUGCUACCCAUCUUGUAUUCAAGAUACCCAGUGUGUGGCCUUUACCUUGACUGACACUUCAGGUUCAUUAAUUAAAUGCACGCGCCACACAGACUCACCUCUGUCCUUGACACAGGGAACAGGUGUCAGCGUGUACAUCGUCUCCCCGCUGGUCAAAAGAAUUAUCACAGGGGGACAGACGAGAGGCCUUGCUCCCUCCUCCAUGCUGAACGACUGGUACAAGGCCGCCUGUGUCAUCGACGACGAGUGUCGUCAGAAAGAGUCCAUGUGCUUUCUAAACAGGUGCCGCUGUCGACCUGGGUUCUUCUUCUCAACUCGUGACUACACGUGCUCUGAGACAUGUAGUCCAGCCCACCUGCACAACACCUUCAUGGAGUAUCCUGAGAGCGGACUGAGGGGACACAAUAUGGUGGCACGGGAUGGAGUCAGUUUGCAGACGUGCAGCGACCUGUGUGUCAGCAUCAGAGGUUGUCUGUCCUUUGACUUCAGAGCCACAGGAGGGCGCUGUCUGCUUCAUGACGUCACCGCUCGUGACGCUCAGUCAGGAUGGUAUCCUCACACCAGUACAGGGUGGACCCACUACCAGAGAAGCUGCCUGCAGUCUUCCGCCUCAUACCCGGGACCAGAGUGGUACAACGCACCCUGCAAAAGACACGUGGAUUGUCCUGAGCCUAACAGUCGGUGUGUGUCGGGUAGAUGUUUGUGUACUGACGGCUUUGUUUACUUGGAAACUGACUCCUCGUGUUAUCCAGAGUCAUGUCGGGACUUGCAGACACCAGGAGGCAAGUCAGGUGUCUACUCCAUUGAACUGCCAGAAACCAGAGAGAAACUGAGAGUGUGGUGUGACAUGGACUCUGGCAAUGGCGGCUGGCUGGUGUUCCAGAGACGCCGUGACGGCUCCGUUGACUUCUACAGGAACUGGACACAAUAUGAACAGGGCUUUGGUGACAUCACUGGGGAGUUCUGGCUGGGUUUAUCAAGGCUUCACACCCUGACCAAAGGGAGACCCACCCGACUGCGUGUUGACCUUGCCGAGGUUACCGGAGAACGUCACUACGCUGAGUACACGACAUUCAGGGUGGACGGUCCUGAGACAAACUACACACUGACCGUGUCCGGCUACUCGGGUGACGCGGGUGACAGCAUGGCGUAUCAUAACAACCAGAGUUUUUCAACCAAGGACAAUGGCAGCUGUGCCUCUGCGUAUCACGGCGCCUGGUGGUACAAAGACUGUUACAACUCUAACCUCAACGGCCGAUACAAGGCUGACGGGGCCGCGGUUGGUAACGGCAUCCACUGGUAUCACGCCCACAAUGACCAUAGGAGCUUCACCUUCAGCGAGAUGAAAGUACAACCAGUGAGACUGUGGCGCCUCCUACGACAUAUGGUGGUUAACAUGUUGACAACAAUGAUUUUACCCUUCAUACUUCUUUCUAUGGCCUCUUGUCUUGAAGCCGUGAACAAUGGAAGUGUCCCCAAAGCACAAGUGAUGCUACAGUUGCGAGAAACUGACUCCUCGCAUCCUGCUGUAGAGUCAUGUCUGGACUUGCAGACAACAGGAGGUAAGUCAGGUGUCUACUCCAUUCAACUGCCAGAAACGAGAGAGAAACUGAGAGUCUGGUGUGACAUGGACUCUGGCAAUGGCGGCUGGCUGGUGUUCCAGAGACGCCGUGACGGCUCCGUUGACUUCUACAGGAACUGGACACAGUAUGAACAGGGCUUUGGUGACAUCACCGGGGAGUUCUGGCUGGGUUUAUCAAGACUUCACACACUGACCAAAGGGAGACCCACCCGACUGCGUGUAGACCUUGGAGAAGUGGGUGGACAUCGUCACUACGCUGAGUACUCGACAUUCAGUGUGGACGGUCCUGAGACAAACUACAGACUGACCGUGGCCUUCUACUGUGGUAACGCGGGUGACAGCUUGCAUCAUCACAACAAACAGAGUUUUUCAACCUAUGACCGUGACAACGACGAGGCAUAUUUCAACUGUGCCGCUGCCUUACCCGGCGCCUGGUGGUACAAAGAUUGUUACAAGUCUAACCUCAACGGCCGAUACCAGGCUGACCCGGGCUCGCAUGAUCUCGGCAUCCACUGGCUUCACGCCCACCAUGACUGGAGGAGCUUCACCUUCAGCGAGAUGAAAGUGCAACCAUGUGUAAAAUCGCCUUGUCUACUGUACUAUCAACGCUCACACCCUUAGUCUACAACACCUUUCACUCGUGAUGUCACCUCAGUGGCGAUGACUGAUCUUUAAAUAUUUUAUAAUAGAAACUCAGUGCAUCAUAUUCUCCCUUAGUUGUUUUUAUAUUGAUCGUAUUGCUAAACAUUUCUAACACGCAAACCAUAACACGUCUUAUUUGUAUUGAUGAAGUAAACACAUUAACUGUCUGUAAAAAUGUAAUGAACUGUAGUUAGACAUAAUAGUUUAAACAAUUUAAAGUAGUGUAAUACGGUGUCAAAAGUAUAAUUGUCAACUGAUAGUUUCAUUUUUCGAAUAAUACAAAAGUGUUGUUUAUCUUAAAGAUUGUUCCUCAUAAUUUUCUGACUGAUGACAACUAUACCUGACACAAUUUGCAUUAUAUGAAAAAGAAUUUUGAAAAAGUUUUUUUUUUUUUUUUCAUGUGAAGCUUACUCUAUCUUUUCUUUAAUGUAUUAAAGCGAAAUCGUACACUUUGUCAGACCUAAGACCUAAGCCGACUCUUCAGAUAAACAAUUUAUUGCAAAGAAUGAAUUGGUAUGUUCAAUAAAGUAAUGAAAAUUAUAAUUUGUUUUGUUGCUAUGUAUUUCCACAUUUGAGUACAUGAAAUAACAUCCAGAUACUGUCACAGACACUCUGUUGUGGACAGCACACACACAAGUCACUGUCAACACACUGCGUUCCACACGUGUUCUGUUUGGAUGAUGUCCCAGAGACGUUCACGCUGAACACACACACUUCCUUGUAUAGCAACUUCCGGUACACUUCCUUGUAUAGCAACUUCCGGUACACUUCCUUGUAUAGCAACUUCCGGGACACUUCCUUGUAUAGCAACUUCCGGGACACUUCCUUGUAUAGCAACUUCCGGGACACUUCCUUGUAUAGCAACUUCCGGGACACUUCCUUGUAUAGCAACUUCU